CCUAAACCCCAUUAUCUAAUGAUCUCUUUCUCUAUUUAUAUUGGCUCGCAUAUAUGUAUAUGCUUGUAAACACCAAAUCUAAAUCUAGAAAGAGAGAACUAGGCAUUCAUUAUUCCAUUGGCAAGGUGUGUUGUUAGUUUUUGUACUGGCCGCUUGUGAUUGAAUUUGCUUUGGGUCUAAUGGGGAGGGGGAAGAUUGUGAUAAGGAGGAUCGACAACUCGACUAGUAGGCAAGUGACCUUUUCGAAGAGGAGGAAUGGAUUGCUAAAGAAGGCGAAGGAGCUCGCCAUUCUUUGUGAUGCAGAGGUUGGACUCAUCAUAUUUUCAAGUACCGGUCGCCUUUAUGAUUACUCAAGCUCAAGCAUGAAGUCAGUAAUUGAGCGCUAUGACAAGACAAAAGAGGAGCACCAGCAACUGCUAAAUGUGAAUUCAGAGGUUAAGAAUGUUCUUAACAAAGAUGAUGCCGAUCUUAAACUCUACUUUUCUUACCAGUUUUGGCAGAAGGAGGCAGCGAGCUUGAGGCAGCAAUUACAUAGCUUGCAAGAAAAUCACAGGAAAUUGAUGGGAGAGGAGCUUUCUGGCUUAAGUGUUAAAGAUCUCCUAAAUCUAGAGAACCAACUAGAGACGAGUCUGCAUGGAGUCAGAGCACAAAAGGAACAACUAUUGACCAAUGAAAUCCAAGAACUGAAUAGAAAGGGUUACCUCAUUCACCAAGAAAAUAUGGAACUCUACAAGAAGGUAGACCUUAUGCGACAAGAAAACAUGGAACUCCAACAGAAGGUUUACGGAUCAAGGGGACAAAACGGUACAGUUAACAGGGGAACAGUUAUCCCCUGUGGCUUCAGCAUCACUGAAGAAUCACACGGUCCGGUUAACCUCGAACUUUGCCAGCCUCAGCAUCAAACAGAUGGAGAGCAAUCAAAUGUGCCAAAGUUAGGACUCCAACUGCAUUAACAAAUGCUGAAAUAAUUCCGUCACAAUUAUGUCAAUUGUAUAAACAAGAGCAGGAUCAAUGCUCAGAGAUUAGGUGUGGUGUGAAUGACCAAUAACCAAUAAUUGUGUGAGCCAAGUUCCAAAAAGGGGGGAAAUGCCUAACAUUUUGGAUUCAAGAAAAAAUAUUAUCAUGCUCAGAAGAUUUUUGCCAUAGCUUGUUCUAUUCCCAUGAGAAAGGAUCCGCGUGAACCGUAUCAAAAAUGUCUGGAAGCUGUUGUUGUUGUUGUUUUCAUUGUUGUUCUUGUUGUAUGGACCCUAACCAAAGUGACAUAAUUAAGUCCCUAAUAAAAGUGAGCU